UAGUCCCGACUGGCGGCGAGAGGAGGUGCACGCGUGAGAAAACGGAGUCUGUGCGUGCAUUUUUCGGUGUCGCGUGGGACGAGGACGAGGCCAUGGACGCGUGGAUGUACGAUGUGGUCUGUAUGAUGUCUGACGCUACUAUGGAAAGCGUGAUCGGGAAUAACAGGACAAUGCCAAACAUUAAGCAGGAAAUCGAUAACCCAACAACGCCCACACAAAAUUAUCAAGUGUGUUCGCCAACCACGACUCUUCAGCAUCAGGAGUCAAUAUGCACGAAAUUAGACAUUACGGAUUACGGUGACAGCAACGGUAAUCCCGAGAGUCCAGAAAUACAUCAUUGUUCUUCAACGACGCAACCGUUGGGAACUCCAGAGGACGGCAUUAAAGAAGAAGAUAUGAUGCCCAGGAGACUCUGUCUUGUCUGUGGUGACGUUGCGAGCGGUUUCCAUUACGGGGUUGCCUCCUGCGAGGCAUGCAAGGCUUUCUUCAAGAGAACUAUACAAGGAAAUAUCGAGUAUACUUGUCCGGCGAACGGCGAAUGCGAGAUAAACAAACGAAGACGUAAGGCGUGCCAGGCGUGUAGAUUUCAGAAAUGUUUGCGGCAAGGAAUGCUGAAAGAAGGCGUGAGAUUGGACCGUGUUCGAGGUGGUCGACAAAAGUAUAGAAGAUCCACGGAUCCUUAUACUCCAAUCAAGAAUGCCACAUUAGAGGCUAACGUAGCCGACAUAGUGUCGGCAGGUUCUACUGAAACGAUAAACAACAAGUUGGUCGAAGCCUUGGCGGCCUGUGAACCAGAUAUACUUCAAGUAACCAAUGCCCCGAGUACACAGGAGGCGGAUCAGAAAACCCUCGCACAAUUAUCUGAUCUCUAUGACCGAGAAUUAGUCAGCAUAAUCGGUUGGGCCAAGCAAAUUCCAGGGUUCACCAAUUUAGCGCUGAACGAUCAAAUGCGACUUCUGCAAACUACUUGGGCUGAGGUAUUAACCUUUACCCUGGCAUGGAGAAGUACGCCUAACAAUGGCAGAUUGAGGUUUGCGCAAGAUUUUACGUUGGAUGAACGACUCGCGCGUGAGUGCCAUUGUACGGAGCUUUAUACUCACUGUAUACAAAUCGUCGAGAGAAUUCAACGAUUAGGUUUAACGCGAGAAGAAUACUAUGUGUUGAAAGCACUGAUUCUAGCGAAUAGUGACGCUAAAUCUGACGAACCCCAGGCUCUGUACCGUUUCCGAGAUUCGAUAUUGAAUUCCUUGUCGGAUUGUGUGGCGGCGGUGAGACCGGGACAAGCACUCCGAGCCACGCAAAACAUGCUACUAGUACUGCCCAGUCUCAGACAAGCCGAUGGAGUCAUUAGACGUUUCUGGUCCAACGUGUAUAGAAUAGGCAAAGUACCAAUGAACAAGCUUUUCGAGGAAAUGUUGGAAAACGUUUGUUAUCGAUGAGAUACGCUGAUCGUCUCAAAUUUGAUAACUUGAUCGCCCAUCACCAGGAUCAUACGUUGUUUAUUGUAGCUGACGAUGUUCACUACCAUCGUGAUAAUAUAUUAUUGUACAUCAUUGUUUUGGGCACGUUUUUUGGUGUGUCGUUGCAUUAUCGAAGACACCAGUGAGUGUUAGUGCGUGGAAGAAAUGAAGUUAUCGAUCUUUUUUAUUUUCUAAUAAACUCGUGAAUUUUUAUUCUUUUUUUCUUUCUUUUUGCGUGUAAAAAGGACAUUGAAAGUGUAAGUUCGGACAGUGUCUCCAACGUUCGUUGUGAUUCACGAAUCGUUCUAAAUGGUAGACAUGUGUAGUCUUCGUUCGAAGUAUCCAAACUUUCCUUGUCAAGUACCCCUUAUACAGGUACAGAAAGAAAGUAAGAAAGAAAAAAAGAUAAAAAAGGAAAGAAAGAAAAAAAGGAGAAAAAAUGUAAUUUUUAUGUUGGAACAUAACAGUACAAGAUGCGAGAAGACUUUCGGAGUACUCAUUUUAGGAUAGGUGUAUGUGGAAGCCAAUCGAUGGCUUUAUUACCAAAUAAAGUGUUUCCGUUCGAUCGUCAUGAUCGUAACACUGAAUAUAGUAAUUAUAAGAUAAGAUGUAAAUAACUGUGGGUGUUUAACAUCGUAGCCAUGAUAUCAUUGAUAUUAAGAA